CCUCAUCGCCACUGACAAACAAUUGAACUCGCAUCAGCCAGGAUACCCGCCCCUUCUCUGCAGUCCUCGUGUAUUCAGAUCUACCUCAAGCACCGCCUUCAAUUUGCAGGACUCCAUCAUCAAUAUGACAUCCUCUGUGGCCGCGGCGCUCGCCCGCAUCGACGCAGGCUCCCUCGCCGAUAUCUUUGAAGACCGUCCGGGAAGAGAACCACAUCCAGUCAUGCAGUGUGUCCAGAUCAAACCCAUCGCUGCACAGACAGGUGGCCAGGAGCGACACCGGGUCAUCUUCAGUGAUACCAAAAAUUACAUUCAAACAAUGCUAGCUGCACAACAAAAUCAUCUAGUUGAGGAAAAGUCGUUACGAAGAGGGGUCUUGGUCCAGCUCAUGGGCUACUCUGCCAAUGCAUACAAGGGAAAACGCAUUCUCAUCGUCACUGAAAUCAAAGUCCUGGAAGAAUUCGGCGAGCAUGAAAAACUCGGAGAACCUAGACCUUUUGAAGCCAAGGCUGAAGACGAAGAAUCAAAGCCCAAUCCUACAACCAUUGGCACCAGUGGCUUUUAUGGCAAACAAGAAGAGUCCAAGCCCCGAUCGAUGCCAUCGCAUUCAAAAUCCUCCUUCUCUGCUGCUCACGCAAACAUCCAUCCGAUCGAAGCGAUUUCUCCUUACUCAAACAAAUGGACCAUCAAGGCUCGCUGUACGAGCAAAUCUGACAUCAAAACAUGGCACAAUAGGAAUGGCGAGGGUAAACUAUUCAGUGUCAAUCUGCUCGAUGAGAGCGGUGAGAUUCGCGCCACCGGUUUCAAUGAGCAGUGUGAUCAACUCUACGACCUAUUCCAAGAAGGUAGCGUCUACUAUAUCACUUCGCCCUGUCGAGUCACCUUUGCCAAGAAACAAUUCUCAAACCUGCCCAAUGACUACGAGUUGCAUUUCGAAAAGGACACCAUAGUCGAGAAAGCUGAAGAACAAGACGGAGUGCCACAAGUUAGGUACAACUUUACUUCGAUUGCCGACCUCCAGUCAGUUGAGAAGGACACGACCAUCGACAUUAUUGGGGUCUUGAAGGAUGUCGGAGAGACUUCUCAGAUCACCUCCAAGACAACGAGCAAGCCGUACGACAAACGAGAGCUGACCCUGGUAGACAACACCGGCUACUCUGUCCGGCUGACCGUCUGGGGUAAAACUGCCGCAUCAUUUGAUAUUCCUCCAGAAUCGGUUGUGGCAUUCAAAGGAGUCAAAGUGUCGGAUUUUGGUGGGCGGAGUUUGAGUCUGCUUAGUUCAGGGUCUGUUUCAGCCAACCCAGAUAUGCCCGAAGCACACAAACUGAAGGGCUGGUUCGACGACCAUGGACGGUCUGACAAUUUUGCCACCCAUGCUGGUGUACAAGGCACUGUUUCGGCGGGUGGGACACGACGAGAUCCCUUCAAGACGAUUGCUCAGAUCAAAGAUGAACAACUAGGCAUGUCAGAGAAUGCGGAUUUCUUCUCCCUCAAGGCGUCAGUUCAAUAUAUCAAGCAGGAUACAUUCUGCUACCCAGCUUGCUUGUCAGAAGGCUGCAACAAAAAGGUCGUCGAAAUCGAUCCAGGCCAGUGGAGAUGUGAGAGAUGUGACAAGACUCAUCCCAAACCAGAGUAUCGAUAUAUCAUGUCCGUCAACAUUAGCGACCAUACUGGACAAUUGUGGGUCAGCUGUUUUGAUGAGACAGGUCGACAGAUCAUUGGCAAGACUGCUGAUGAAUUAAUGGAAAUCAAAGAGGUGGAUGACAAGAAGUUGGCCGACAUCAUCUCAGAUGCCGUGUGCAAGACAUGGAAUUGGAAAUGCAAGGCCAAGUUGGACAAUUUCCAGGAACAACAACGGUAUGAACUUAUCCAAAUCAACUAGCUUGCAAUGACUUACUGACCAACCUCUCACAGUGUUCGAUAUCAAGUCAGCUCUGCUGCACCUCUGAAUUAUGUAACCGAGUCCCAAAAGCUGAUCGAAUUGAUCAAGCAGUAUAACAUUGAUUAAGGUGAUAUGAGAGGCAGGCGUCUUGUGUUGUAUGAGCACCAGUAUGGGGAAUUCACGAAUAGGCGGACAGGGCAGGACAGGGCAAAGAAAUCCCAAUCAAGCACCUUAUCAGGGUGUCAUGUUGUAAUGAGCUUCCAUUGAGAUGGUGAACAAGGAUAGCUUGAACCAAGCUUGACCAAAGGCUCGAGCAUCCUAUCAUGACCAGUGGAUUCCAAUUGCGUCAUUUUGAUGACUACAUUGAGUAAACAUAUACACGAAGGUGACCUCAAAGCUACGGAAUCUAAGGAAAAGAAGCCCACGGGGUGAACCCCUCGGUCCCCCGCUCACCAUG